CACACGCAUUCACAUAUACAGAGAAAAUGCGAAUGAGAAAAAGAGAUUGUUAGUAAAUAAAACCACCCCUAUCGUUCACAAAACAACACAUAAAGCAGCUCACUUUUUAUAUUUAACACCAAGUUACAACAAUAAAAAUAUCUAAGGUCAUAUAUAUAAGUUGACCGUCUAGAAUGAUAGUGCAAUUGCGCAGAUUUCGUUCAUUGAGAAUGUUGAAGUCUUUUUUUCUUGAGUCGCGUGUCGGCCAAUGUCUUGUAAUUUUUGGAUUUGCAUUUUUGUUGUACCUGUACUGGGCCUCUAAGUUCAAGUCACUUGAUAACAGAAAUAUCCAAGGAGAAGCCUUUUCUGCUCCACCGACUCAAUCUUUGACAUUUGAAAAGCAGCAGUUCUAUUUGAAAGGAAAGAAGAUUCGCAUUUUAGCUGGAUCUGUCCAUUACUUUAGGAUUGUUCCACAAUAUUGGAUGUCUGUUUUGAAGAAACUAAAAGCAUGUGGCCUGAAUACAGUAGUUACAUAUGUCCCUUGGAAUCUGCACGAACCUUCUCCAAACCACUAUGUAUUUUACGGAAUAUUAGACUUAAUGAAAUUCCUUAUAUUUGCUCACAGUUUAGAUUUGUAUGUCAUUCUGAGACCAGGACCCUAUAUCUGCUCUGAAUGGGAUUUUGGAGGACUCCCCAGCUGGCUCCUACGUACCCAUGCAUCUCUCCGUUCUAAUUCGGCACCUUACAUGUUUGCAGUUGAGAGAUAUUUUGCUAAUCUGCUGCCACAAGUUGUUGAUUUUCAGUAUUUCUAUGGUGGACCCAUCAUAGCUUUUCAACUAGAGAAUGAAUUUGGUUCCUUCAGUAAUGAGGUGCAACACCUGGAAAACCUACGAGAGCUUUUUACCAAGAACGGUGUCCAUGAAUUAUUGCUAAUCUCAGAUGGAUUGUCAGGAAUCAUAAGAGCUACCAUUCCUGGCGUUCUAUUGACUGCAAAUUUUGGUGGCUACCAGAGAGGAAAAGACAUAUUCAAAGUCAUUACAGACAUAAAUCCUGAAAAUCCAUUAAUGGUUAUGGAAUUUUGGACUGGUUGGUUUGAUCAUUGGGGCAACCAAUAUCGAGAAGUAAAAUCUCUGGGAACAUUCAAGAAAACCUUCCAGUUUAUUCUAAAUCAAAAUGCAUCAUUCAACUUCUAUAUGUUUAUGGGUGGAACAAAUUUUGGAUUCAUGGCUGGAGCAAACGGUCAGAGAGACAAAUAUGCACCAGAUGUCACUAGUUAUGAUUAUGGUGCGUUGCUAUCUGAAUCUGGAGACAUUACAGAGAAAUAUCUGGUUGCACAGAAAAUGAUAUAUGAGCAGAUACUUAGACCUGAAGGAAUUAUCAGCCCUCCUCAAAUAUUAGCCGACAAUCCAAAGGCAAAAUAUGGUGUAUUAACUGUUUCAAGCUACCUGUCUUUCAAAGAUAUGCUGGACAUUGUCACUGAACUACAACUGUCUUCAUUCGAUACCAAGAUGGAGUUCAUGGAAUUGUUGAACAUAAACUUCAAUGCAGGACAGAGUUAUGGCUAUAUUCUGUAUGAAAAAUCAUUGCCGAAAGUGAAGACCUUAAAGAUUGGUGGUUCAGUUGCUGAUCGAGCACAUAUCUUACUGAACCAUCAAGUGAUGUUCACAGUCAACUGGACCGUAUCUAACCCUCAGUUUUCCCUUCCUGAUAAUGACGGAAUCAAACUGGGUAUAUUGGUGGAAAACCUCGGUCGAGUGAACUAUUUGAUGUUCGAUGAUAGACAUUCUUUCUCAAAUCAGUUUAAAGGUUUAGAUGGUGAAGUGUAUUUAGAUGGAAAACUUGAAGAAUAUUGGAAUAUCUACCCAGUGGACUUUUCCAGCGAAUUUCUUGACAAAAUUGCAGAAUCGGACAACUGGAAGGAUGUAAUUCCUGAAGUACACUCACCAGCGAUGUACAAAAUUACUUUCACUUUAUCUUCCCAUCCAGCUGAUACAUUCCUUGACCUUGAUGGUUGGGUGAAAGGAAUUGUUAUAGUGAAUGGCUUUAAUCUUGGCCGUUACUGGAACAUUGGACCACAGAAGACUUUGUAUCUACCAGCACCACUUUUAGAGAUUGGCCUCAAUGUUGUAAGUUGAAAUUCUGAGAUUCCA